AUGGUGAGGGCAAGGAAACGUCAGCGAGGGGAAUGCGAUGAAAAGGAGAAGGAGACCAACAAAUUCCCAUCGACAGGGGGCGAGGGGGGAGAGUCCAUGAUAGGGGAGAUGCAACUGAAACGCGCGACUACGGACAAGCGAAUGACAAAUCGACAGAAGUGUCUGGUUCUUGGUUCACGCAGCAUUUCCAGUAAAGAUCGUCAUUUGCUGACGGACAUUCGUGGCCUGAUGCCACACUCGCGGGAACAUCCCAAAAUUGGUCGAACUCAUAAACUUGGGGAUGAUUUGGUGGAGCUUUGCUCGCUUCAUCAAUGCAAUAGUUCUCUUUUAAUUGAGGCUCACCGGCAUGACAUUAGUUACAUGUGGAUUGCCCAGGCCCCUCACGGCCCCAGUGUGAAGCUGCAAUUAACGAAUGUGCACACUGCGGAUGAGCUUCGGAUGGCGGGAAACUGUUUGAAGUACAGUCGUCCUCUUCUUCACUUUGACCGGGAGUUCGAAACACAUCCUCACCUUCGUGUGGUGAGGUCCCUCCUUCAGAUGGCAUUUAACACGCCCCGCUACCAUCCAAAGUCUAAGCCAUUUAUCGAUCACAUCAUUUGUUUCUUUUAUCUGGAUCACCAUAUAUGGUUUCGUCACUACCAAAUCACCGAUGGUGAGCCACGGGCUCUGAUGGAGAUAGGGCCCCGCUUCACACUUGAACCAGCAGCCAUCCUCAACGGUUGCUGCAAAGGCACUGUUGUUUGGAAGAGCGAUAUGGCAAAGUCUCCAACGGAGCAGCGUCGGGAUAGGAAGACACGUCGUCUUGAGAAGACGCAAAUCAACGAGGGCAUCAAAACAAAGUCCGAGAUGCAUAAGGCGCUGAAUCCACCACCAGAACAAAACCCAUUGGAUCUUGUCUUUAAGGAGUUUUGA